AUGGCUCACUCUAUCUAUUUUAUUAUAGUAUUAUCUGCCUUGGUCAAUGUGUCUUGUAUACUAGAACUAACACCGAAAGCAGAAAGUGUUAUUAAAAGGUUGAUGACAUGUAGGCAUAUGCCUGGCAUGAGUUUAGCGAUAGUAAGUGGAAUGGACAAUUUAACAGCAGGAUUUGGAAUAGCUGAUUUGGAAACUAACAGAGCCGUUGAUAUUGAUACGUUAUUUUGUAUUGGCUCAGUUACUAAAUCAGUCAGUGUUGCUCUGUUAACAGAUUUACUGCAAGAUGAAAAACUCAAUAUACGGAACUGUGAUUGGAAUAUCAAAUUGAAAGAUAUAUGGAAGGAUUUCGAAUCAACUGAUCAUUGGAGAACGUCUGAAAUGAGUUUAAAAGAUAUCUUAUCACAUCGCACAGGGUUAGAGAGUAUUGAAUUGGGAAACUUCGCAGGUUAUCCUACGUCUAUUACAAGAAAAGAAUUAGUUCGGAGAUUGAAAUAUCUGAAAGAACUGUAUCCAUUUCGAGAUAGAUUUCAUUAUAAUAAUUUAAUGUAUAUGUUAGCUGGGUAUGUAGCGGAAGUGAUUGGUAAUAGCACAUGGGAAGAUCUGAUUAACACAAGGCUUUUUCGAAAGUUAGGAAUGGUAUCUUCUACGGCGUUUUAUGAUACAGAUAUAAAGAACCUAUCCAUCCCGUACACGUUUGAUGCAAACACUAAAAAGUACAGUAAUGUCAUGAACGUUACUAGAGUAACCUUUCAUCCACUGGAUCCAGCAGGCUCGGUUCUGACAAGUGCCCGAGAUAUGGUAAAAUGGUUGAAGUAUAAAAUCCAUAAUGUAAGCCAGUGUUAUUUAGAGGCCGUGCAGCCAGUUGUAUUCAGAGAAAAUGGUGAUACGUUUAUAAAGAACUUAUUUCCCGACUUAGAUUAUAGCAGUAAAUUGUAUGCUAUGGGCUGGGGCGUAGGAACAUACAGAGGUAGGAUAAUAUACACUCACAGUGGAGAUAUAUAUGGAUAUUCUGCCAUUCAAGUGGUUCUACCUGAAAUGCAAGUUGCUCUUCAUGUUAAUUCCAAUGGUCCUGGUGGUUCAGAAGGAUUCAUAGCAAUGGUUCGGAUUGCUUACUAUCUGAUAGAUACUGUUAUUAUGAAUAUAGAGUCGUCUGUCAAUGAAACAAACGUGUGCACAUUACCAGAUCUUAUUGAUAUAUCAGCUGAUGAACCAGAUCCAUACCAAACACCCAAGGAUGUUCCGAAUCCGCACAGCUAUACCGGAAGUUAUGGUCAUCCUAUAAUUGGUGAUUUCUACAUAAAAUACUUGGAGGAAACGGAUGUCUUGCAGUGCAGCUUAGGGAUCAACUUGAAGGGGGUUUUAUAUAAAACUGGCAUCAACGAUACUUUUACACUUUUGGCAAGUCCGCCAUUAAAUGAUCUUUAUGAAUUCAAGAACAGAGCAUUAAAGUUAAGAUUUGAUGACAAGUCCCCUAACAAUGGUGAUCAGUACCAAACGUUAAACGUAACUGUAGAAUGGGCAACCUAUACAUUUCGAAGGGGUGUAUCAUUUGCAGAUUUUAAUAUGGCUUCUGGCUUAUUGAUCAGUUGCAAAAUGUUUUGUACAAUUCUGACGAUCAAUCUUUUCAUUGCCCACCUCCUCUUCUGA